GAUAAGAUUAUAAUCUACUUUAUUUUUACUUUAAUUUAUCGGUUAUAAUCGUUUGCUUAUUCUUGUAGGAUACGAUGAGUGAAGCUUACGGAGGGAAAGAGGAAGAAAGCAAAGAAAAGGCUCAGAAAAAGCAAACUGCAAUCCGCUCUCUUUCUUUCUUUCACUCUUACAAAAAAAAACCUGCUUAUAACGGACAAGAAUUGUAGCACAAAAGCAGAAAAAAGGAAACAAACCAGAAACUCUAUGCUGUGCAGUGUCCAAGAGAGAUCAUAACUUGUUCAACAAAUAUCAAUUGCUCCUCCGGCUAGAUCUCUCGCAACUACUGGAACUGGUCAUAAACGGUUGCCUGCGCAGCACUAAUUGACUUUCGAGGCAUUACUCACUAGUGGCUUCAGAAAGGAAUUGCACCACAGAUCUAGGUUUUUUGUCAGAGAACCCAGCAAGACAACAAGGAUAUUAGAGCACCUGAUUGCAUUGCAAAACGAGGAAUGCAUUGAAAUCCAGUGAGGUACUAUGGUACGUUGAUGCUAUAUGUGAUGAAGAAUACUGCUAGUUUGAAGGUGAAAUGGAGAGUGGUGCAGGCAUCACAAAUGAGAGGCUUGCCGUGGUACUCAAAGAUCCAUCAUGCUUUGGCCAAUUCCGGAAUGGUUCCAAUCCCUGGAUGGCCAGAUAUGUUUAUGGCUUGAUCUUUCUGUUUUCCAAUCUGCUAGCUUGGGCUGCAAGGGACUAUGGCCGUGGUGCCUCAGUGACAUUGGAAAAACUGAAAGUGUGUGCGGGAAAAUCUGACUGUUCGGGUGCUGAAGGAGUUCUGCGUGUGAGCUUGGGAUGCUUUAUAUUUUACAUAAUAAUGUUUCUUUCUACUGUUGGUACCUCAAAGUUGCAUGGCCGCAGAGAUGCAUGGCAUUCUGGAUGGUGGACCGCUAAGAUUGUCUUGUGGAUUUCCUUGACAAUUAUCACAUUUUUGGUGCCCUCUGCCUUUUUCCAAAUUUAUGGAGAGAUUGCACAUUUUGGUGCUGGGGUCUUUCUCCUAAUUCAGCUAAUAAGUGUAAUCAGUUUUAUUCGAUGGCUGAAUGAUUGUUGCCAAUCUGAAAAGAAUGCAGUAAGAUGCCACAUCAAUGUGAUGCUAGUUGCAACUACUUCAUAUGUAGUAUGCAUACUUGGGGUCAUUCUAAUGUACAUUUGGUAUACACCAGAGCCGUCUUGUAUACUUAACAUUUUCUUCAUCACUUGGACCCUGGUACUGCUCCAGCUCAUGACCAGCGUUUCUCUCCAUCCCAAAGUGAAUGCUGGCUUUUUGACUCCAGGGCUCAUGGGGCUUUACGUUGUAUUCCUCUGCUGGUGUGCCAUCAGGAGUGAACCAGCAGGAGAAAGUUGCAACAGGAAGGCAGAAGCUUCAAGAAGAACAGACUGGCUAACCAUUAUAAGCUUUAUUGUUGCACUGCUUGCUAUUGUUAUAGCCACAUUUUCUACAGGCAUUGAUUCUCAAUGCUUUCAGUUCAGGAAGGGGGACACGCAGGAUGAGGAUGAUGUUCCAUAUGGUUAUGGCUUUUUCCACUUUGUUUUUGCCACAGGAGCAAUGUACUUUGCGAUGCUAUUGAUUGGCUGGAAUACUCAUCACAUCAUUCAGAAGUGGACCAUUGACGUGGGUUGGACCAGUGCUUGGGUGAGAAUAGUGAACGAAUGGCUCGCAGUUUGUGUUUACUUAUGGAUGCUGGUGGCUCCUAUACUACUGAAGAUCAGACGAACAGCAGAACCUGUUUAAGACACACCAAGGCUCUCCAAAUCAUUUUUCAAUUGCUCCUUUCAUCUGUUAUCCAUAUGGUAAUCAAACGAUUGGAGAUAGAAGACAUUGUGGUAUACUGAUCAAGAUACCAUGCUAGAGCAACGCACAGCACAUCUACUGACGGACCUGAUUUAUUCCUUUUCUUCUUCUUCUUUUUAUUGUUGUAAUCUGACAUUGCAGAAAAGGGAGAGGGAGAUUCAUAUAAUUCUGUUUUAACUCUUGGGAAAAUGAUAUUUGUGAUUUGUGAA